AUGGCCGAAAGUGCGCCGAUACUGUCGACGCCGGCGGAGCAUAUUCUGGAGGAGCCGACACCCAUCGCUGUCCAGCCAAGCGACCAGCGACUCUCUGAGGAGCAACUUGAUGUUCAAUAUGAAAUCCAUCGAACUGUCAACGAGAUUCGGGCAGGACGAUGGAAACGAAUCGCAUUGCAGUUCCCAGAUGAUGUGCUCGUCGAUGCACCGCGGGUGUUUGAAGCUUUGCGAGACGGCUUGAAGCAAGCGAGGUCGAGUCAGCGUGGCAAAGCGAAUGAUUCAACCAACGAGGGUGUUGCGGAUGUCACCACGAAGCUCCAGGAAACCACUUUGGAGACUGACCUGACGGGUGGACAAACUGUUCCUGCUGCCGAGCACGUCGACGAGAAGCUCUGCAUUCUUGGCGACACCUCAUACGGAGCCUGCUGUGUCGACGAAGUAGCAGCAGAGCAUGUCGAUGCUGAGAUUGUCGUCCACUAUGGGCGGGCAUGUCUGUCUCCCACCGCUCGACUGCCGGUCAUAUACGUCUUCACGGAAAAGUCUUUGGAUCUUGGUGCUGCGGUGGCAAGCUUCGAAUCGACCUACCCGAACAAGCACGACAAGAUAUGUCUGAUGGCGGACAUACCUUACUCUCACCACCUCAACGACCUUCAGCUGCGUCUUGAUCAGUCGGGAUAUGCUCAUGUCUUCAAGACUGCCAUCAUUCGAGAUCCUCGAUCGCCACUGCCGAACCGGACUGUCCCAGCGGAAGUGCAGGAGGACUCCGAGCUGCUGAAGGAGUGGAAUGUCUUUCACAUUGCCACACCGCCAACAUCUCUUCUUCUGAUUCUCUCAUCCAGAAUCAAAGCAAUGUACAUUUUCGACACUGAUGGUGCUGGAUCCUCCGCACUGGCAGCAAGCACAUCGCAGCUCUUGCGGCGAAGGUACGCCUUGAUCACGCGAUUGAGUACGGUAUCAAUAUUCGGCAUCUUGAUCAACACACUUUCUGUGUCGAACUACAUGGAUGCUCUACAGCACUGUCAAGACAUCAUCGCCCGUGCUGGUAAGAAGAGCUAUGUAUUCGUCGUCGGCAAGGUCAAUGCUGCGAAAGUGGCCAACUUCUCCGAGAUUGGUGGCUGGGUCGUGAUUGGGUGCUGGGAGAGCAGUCUGAUCGAGAGCAAGGACUUCUACCGACCGAUCAUCACACCGUUCGAGCUUGAGACUGCAUUGACGGACGACAACGAGAGAGUGUGGGGCAGUCAAUGGAUUGGCGACUUCAGUCAGCUGCUUGGAAAGCAGAAAUCCGCCGCCAAUGGUAAUGUAUCUGACGAGCAGCCGCCAGCUUUAUCCGAGGGUGAAGGCAACUGGGACGAUCAGUCAGACGACGAGCCUCCUGAGUUCGACCUCCGCACUGGACGAUACGUCUCCAACAGCAGACCGAUGGGACGGCCGAAGCCGUCUGCUGCAGCGACAAUAGCUUCGGAAGGCGCCGAUCGCAGGUCGAAGUACUCGACACCUUCCUCUGCCCUGGUGCAGAGAGCGAAGGGUGAUCUUGCGACGAUUGGCGGUCAGGUGUCACCCGCGGCUCAGUUCCUGCGUGAGAAGCGCGAGUGGACCGGUCUGGGCAGCGACUAUGAAAUCGCGUACGAGCGUGAUGACGAUGGCAAGAUUCGGGGUGCUGCCAUGGAAGAGGGUAGAAGUGGUGUGGCGAAGGGCUAUCAUGUUGGUGAGAGUGACAAGACCUGA